AUGAUGGGCCACCGCCCCGUCCUCGUGCUCAGUCAGAACACCAAACGCGAGUCCGGGAGGAAGGUCCAGGCCGGGAAUAUCAGCGCCGCCAAGACCAUCGCAGAUGUGAUCCGGACAUGUCUUGGGCCCAAGUCCAUGAUGAAGAUGCUCCUGGACCCGAUGGGGGGGAUCGUCAUGACCAAUGAUGGGAACGCUAUCCUGCGAGAGAUCCAGGUCCAGCACCCGGCGGCCAAGUCCAUGAUCGAGAUCAGUCGGACCCAGGACGAGGAGGUCGGAGACGGGACCACGUCUGUCAUCAUCCUCGCCGGGGAGAUGCUGUCAGUGGCGGAGCACUUCCUGGAGCAGCAGAUGCACCCGACGGUGGUGAUCGGUGCCUACCGCAAAGCCCUGGACGACAUGAUCAGCGUCCUGCAUGACAUCAGCUCCCCCGUGGACGUCGGCAACCGGGAGAAGAUGCUGAGCAUCAUCGGCAGCGCCAUCGCCACCAAGGCCGUGGGCCGCUGGUCCCCCUUGGCGUGCGCCAUCGCCCUGGACGCCGUCAGCACCGUGCAGUUCGAGGAGAACGGCCGCAGAGAGAUCGACAUCAAGAAGUACGCCAAGGUGGAGAAGAUCCCCGGGGGCAUCAUCGAGGACUCCUGCGUCCUGCGCGGCGUCAUGAUCAACAAGGACGUGACACACCCGCGCAUGCGGCGGCUGAUCCGCAACCCGCGCAUCGUGCUGCUGGACUCCUCGCUCGAGUACAAGAAGGGGGAGAGCCAGACGGACAUCGAGAUCUCGCGGGAGGAGGAUUUUGCGCGCAUCCUGCAGAUGGAGGAGGAGCACAUCCAGCAGCUGUGCGAGGACGUGAUCCGCCUGCGCCCUGACGUCGUCAUCACGGAGAAGGGCAUCUCUGACCUGGCCCAGCACUACCUCAUCCGUGCCAACAUUACCGCCAUCCGCCGCGUUCGCAAGACUGACAACAACCGCAUCGCCAGGGCGUGCGGGGCUCGCAUCGCCAGCCGGCCGGAGGAGCUGCGGGAGGAGGACGUGGGCACGGGCGCCGGCCUGUUCGAGGUGAAGAAGAUCGGGGACGAAUACUUCACCUUCAUCACCGAGUGCCGGGACCCCAAGGCCUGCACCGUCGUGCUGCGCGGUGCCAGCAAGGAGAUCCUCUCUGAAGUGGAACGCAACCUGCAGGACGCCAUGCAGGUGUGCCGCAACGUCCUGCUGGACCCUCAGCUGGUGCCCGGGGGCGGGGCCGCAGAGAUGGCCGUGGCCCACGCGCUGACGGAGAAGUCCAAGAGCAUGACGGGCGUGGAGCAGUGGCCCUACCGUGCCGUGGCCCAGGCCCUGGAAGUCAUCCCCCGCACCCUCAUCCAGAACUGCGGCGGCAGCACCAUCCGCCUGCUCACCGCCCUGAGGGCCAAGCACACCCAGGAAGGCUUCAGGACGUGGGGAGUGGACGGGGAGUCGGGCACGUUGGUGGACAUGAAGGAGCUGGGCGUCUGGGAGCCGCUGGCCGUGAAGCUGCAGACGUACAAGACGGCCGUGGAGACCGCCGUGCUGCUGCUGCGCAUCGACGACAUCGUCUCCGGCCACAAGAAGAAGGGGGAGGACCAGGGCCGCGCCGGCGGGGCCCCCGAUGCCGGCCAGGAGUGAGGAGGGACCCCCGGGAGCCCGGGUGGGCGUCGCUGCCGGUUGUCCGGAGCGGGGCGGGAGUCACCCCCUCCCCCUCAACGCAAACACCCCAGCCCGCAUCCCUCCUCCCUCCUCCCUCCCCUGCCCCCCGCAUCCGGUGAUUAAACGUGAAUUGUGUUUGCCA